AUGGGCGGCAACGGCUCCCCGAACUUCAUGCUCAGAGUCGCUCCGGACUUCGAUGAGGCAGCCGCGACUCUGCCGUGGCUCUGGGAUUAUCCACAGCAGGCUCGGGAUACCUUGUCGAAUAGAAUCGAAUUCGAGAUGGAUUUGAGCUGGAGCACGUCGACCAGUCGAAAGACGUCGCUCCUCGAAGACGAGAACGAGCCUAAUUCCUUGAUGAUGGACUCGGAUGUUACUCAGCAUUCCAUGGACUCACUCGAUGAAUUCAACUCAGACGUGGAGCUGAUCAAGCUUGAGAGAUCUCGUACGAUGCCAGUGUCGGCCCUAUACGCCGCUAUGAGGCACGCCGAGGAGGCUCAAGCCGCCAGUUUGUCCAAUGGACGAUCAUUGUCUAUGGGUUCGCUCGGUUCUUUGUGGGACCAAGAAUAUAAACAGCGUGCCAGCGAGUACAACAAGGAUGUAAAGGAGCGCCAGCCCAUUGCGGAACGCGAGGAUGGUCAAAGCCCUCAGAGUCAGACGUUUCGAUUGCACUCUCCGAUACCCGAGGAAGAUUGCAGUUCGGACGAGAGCAUUACCUAUGUGUUCAUGAACCCUUCGACGCCGAGUCCUUCGACGAACCCGAGCACAAUCCUUAGGAAUCGAUUCGAAGACGCAUCCCUAACGAGGAACAACACAUUGAGAGCUGCAGCCUCUAGUCGGAGCAUCGCCCAGCAGCCCCGAACUCUUUCAAUGGAUUCGAUCGACGUCGAGCAGUACAUGAAUUUCAUGAACCGACCUGAUGCGGAUCGCGAUCAGCGUCGUAAUAAUGUCGAAAGCCCGCAAACCCUGAAGGAACGGAGGAGGAGGCUCCAUAGAGAGAACUCCGGAAUCCAUAUUGAGAGCACGGACCAGGAAUAUCCCGGAAUGGAGCAGACACCUUACUACGUCGAAAGCGCCACAACCGAUCCAGAAACAGGACCCGACCAGUCACCGAGGUUGUGGAACUAUCUCGAUAGGAGACCCCGGCUAGAUUCAGGGAGCGAUUACGAUGGCAACGAUGCUUCGAGUCGAUCGGGAAUGUUCCGGUCUCCCUGCUCAGCUGUUCGACGUGUCUCGUCGAAAAACCGCAGGAAGCCGAAUAGAACCAGGGUGAUGGAAACCCAGACAGACGACGAAAUCACCGGCUACUCCUCUCAAUCGUCGUCACCGAGUUUCGCAAGAAAAGCUCCAUACGAAUUCUCCCUAUAUUUAUCCCCCCGUUGCAGAACUUUUCCCAACGAGAAUUACGCGUUGAUGAGGUCAUUGACUUCUGGUGGACCUUUCUCGACGGCAGCGCAGCAAUUAGCCAGAGGGAAACUUGAGCCUACGGUACACCUCCUGACCGAAGUGGUUUCUCUCAUGAAGAUGAUGAUGUCGAACAUCCCACAGAAUUGCCAACAAUGUCAUAAGUGCCAAUGCUCUUCGACUUGCACGGAGAGACCGCUCGGGAAGCGGGCGGAACGACCUGAAAGACCGACGACUCUGAAUUUAUCCGCAUUUUCAGACACCGCGAGCAGCGAUCCCGAGCCUAGUCCCGCUCCUAUGGCGGAGUCGCUCUUCAGAGAAGGUUUCCUGAUCGAGAGGUUCAAGCAGUCCCGUCAGGACCGCAUCGCGACUUGCAGGAGUCCGAGCGAUAUCGCGUCCUGUGCAUCAGAUACCGAGCCCGACUCCCUGCGUAUUUCGGGAGCGUCGACUCCCACGGAUGAGUUCAGACCGUUCCCGAACCAAGCGCUGAUCGCGAGAGAAGCCAUUCCGAAACUGGAGAAGAGCUCACCCACCGAAACGGCCGAUUCCGGCAUCAGCGAUCGUUGGGAGUCCCAGGGCAGCAGCUGCGAUUCAUCCACAGUAUCACGCAGAGCGCGGAGUCGAGUCAGCUCGGAGUCGAUCAGCGGCGGUCCCUCUUCGCUCUCAUCGACUGACACCGCAGAUUCAUCCUUGCAUUCCGCAAGUCCAGUUCUGACGCGAUGGGCCCAACUCAGCGCCGAACCUGUCCGGACGAGCACCCCGGUCCAGCCCGCAGACUGGAGUGCAAGUGUUGAAAAUCCGAACACGUCCACGGAGACGAGCGUCUCGUACAAAACCUCCCGAUCUCACUUCUCACGGAAUCAUUCGAUCGAAGAUUUGGAGCCUCGGAAGAUCACUAGGCCCUCCAAACUAGCGAUGAAGUUGGAACGCGAGAAAGAAGAUUCGGAAACUUAUGAGAAACGGAAGCCCCUGGAUGAAUUGAAGAAAAAAUGGCAUACGCCCUUCGAUUUGAUUCCAAGCGACAAAUUCCUCCCCCUUCCUACCCAGACACGCCUACGGUGCUCACCAGAAGUCCCCACAUCCGCUACGCUCUGACCGAAUAGAAGGGCAGAGGAUCGGCGGAAGAUCUCUGCACCGGGAGGGCGCUUCGAGCUCAUCUAGGGGUAAACAUCGGUAGCCCGGAUAGCUCGAGCUCUCAGUGUCGGCUUUUACUCGAGAUCGCCUGAUUGUAGGUCUCUAUCGCGUAGCACGGUUCACCUCCCAGCCCACCGGAUAUGACAAAAAGGGCGUGUGUAGGCCCUCGCAUUGACUGAUGAAGUCUGUUGUACUUAAAGUAGCAUUCAGACUCGAUUGAAGCUAGCAGCCAUGAUUGUCUUGCCCUAGUCAGAUUAGAUUGGUUAUCUUAGAAGUAUAUAAGUCUGUACACUGACUGUUUUGAUCCCACUUUGCUGUGCAAGUUCUUCAAAUACGCUGAAUUAUCUCGCAUGGUCACCGAUAGA